AUGGAGUCGGUCAACUCCGAGGACUCGAGCGUGGACAGCCGGAGCAUCGUCGUCGAGGCGCCCGUGGCGCCCUUCGUCCAGCAGCUUUUUAAGAUGGUGAACACGGGCACGCUCAUCCAGUGGAGCGAGGACGGCGAGGCCAUCGAGGUGCCGGACCCGGGGCGCUUCGCGGCGGAGAUCUGCCCCCUCUACUUCCGCCACAAGAACUGGAACUCCUUCGCGCGCAUGAUGAACAUGUACCAGUUCACGAAGCUCAGCAACGAGGGCAAGUCGAAGCGCGCGCGGUUCUCGCACGCGCACUUCCGGCGCGGCGGCUACGACGUCCUGUGGAAGAUCACGCGCCAG